GGGGACAGGGCGUGACGUCAGGUGGCUUCAGAGACAACUUAGGCUGAAGUCCGUGUUUCUGUCACACACACACAGCAGUGAGAGGACAGAGCAGCGCUACAUCCGGGGACCACUGACAUCACCUGAGCUGUCACCAUGGCGGAAGCUGAUAUCGCCCUCAUUGGAUUGGCUGUGAUGGGCCAGAACCUGAUCCUGAACAUGAACGAUCAUGGCUAUGUGGUUUGUGCAUUUAACCGCACCGUUUCAAAGGUUGACGAGUUCCUGGCUAAUGAAGCUAAAGGCACCAAGGUGAUUGGGGCUCAUUCUUUAAAAGAAAUGGUUUGCAAGCUGAAGAAACCUCGGAGGAUUAUGAUGCUGGUGAAGGCUGGAAAAGCAGUAGACGACUUCAUCAAUAGUCUGGUUCCUUUGCUUUCACCUGGUGACAUCAUCAUUGAUGGUGGCAAUUCAGAGUACAGUGACAGCACAAGGCGCUGUAAGGAGCUAAAAGCCAAGGGCAUCCGGUUUGUUGGUAGUGGUGUUAGUGGAGGAGAGGACGGGGCCAGAUAUGGACCAUCUCUGAUGCCUGGAGGAGACAGUGAGGCUUGGCCUUACAUUAAAGACAUUUUCCAGGGCAUUGCAGCCAAGGUUGGGAAGGAGCCAUGCUGUGACUGGGUGGGCGAAGAAGGCUCGGGCCAUUUUGUGAAAAUGGUUCACAAUGGAAUUGAGUAUGGUGACAUGCAGCUGAUCUGCGAAGCUUACCAUCUGAUGAAGGACAUCCUCGGGAUGGAGCAGGAUGAGAUGGCGAAGACGUUUGAAGAAUGGAACAAGACUGAGCUGGACUCCUUCUUGAUUGAAAUUACGGCUGACAUUCUUAAAUUCAAGGACAACGAUGGAAAGCACCUGCUCCCAAAGAUUCAGGACACCGCUGGGCAGAAAGGCACCGGAAAGUGGACAGCAAUCUCUGCUCUAGAUUUUGGAGUCCCAGUUACUCUCAUUGGUGAAGCAGUGUUUGCACGUUGCCUGUCGUCUUUGAAGAGCGAAAGGGUUGUGGCAAGCAAGCAGCUUCAAGGACCAAAACAGGUCCCAUUUAAAGGAGAUAAGAAGUCAUUCCUCGACGACAUUUGUAAAGCUUUAUAUGCAUCUAAGAUAAUUUCUUAUGCACAAGGAUUUAUUCUGUUCCGUCAAGCAGCAAAGGACUUUGGAUGGAAGUUAAAUUAUGGUGGAAUUGCAAUGAUGUGGAGGGGCGGUUGCAUCAUUCGCAGUGUGUUCUUGGGCAAAAUCACAGAAGCCUUUGACAGAAAUCCAGAUCUUCAAAACCUUUUGCUGGAUGAUUUCUUCAAAAAGGAGAUGCAUAGCUGUCAGGAGUCCUGGCGCCGGGUGGUGAGCUGUGGGGUGCAGCAUGGUAUCCCCAUGCCAUGCUUCACCACAGCAUUGUCAUUCUAUGAUGGCUACAGGCAUGAAAUGCUACCAGCAAACCUGAUCCAGGCUCAGAGAGAUUACUUUGGGGCUCACACCUACGAGCUUCUGUCCAACCCUGGACAUUAUGUUCACACUAACUGGACCGGUCAUGGGGGCAACGUGUCUUCCUCUUCUUACAAUGUUUGACAUGUACUUCUCCAUCUAGAGGAGUAGAGAUUGACCCGAUCUCGACCCAUCGUAAUCUCUGUCCUCAUGUGUUGUCCAUAUCAGAAUUUUUCUUUUUCUAACCUGUUUAGUGUGAGAAUAAAUGUUUUUAUAUGGUGGA